CGCAAAUGUGAAGGCUGCUUGAAUGAAGGGUACAGAGUUAUGGAGGGAUUGAUCGAUUGAGGCACCAAAUAUGGGCAGUACACAGAUAGUCACGUGAGGCAAAGAGCAAAGCUCCUAGCGCAGCCCGCAACAAUGUCGCUACUUCCAAGCCCGCCAUCCUAAUAGCCUAUUAGGCGGAUGAAAAUGGCAUCCCACACAAUCGGCAUAACAACAUGAGCGAAGCAGAAAAGGCCGCAGCCGAUGCACUUGGGACGAAGCAGGCGGAGACAACUGGAUCGAAGCGGAAGCGGAAGAGUACGGACGAUAUACACCGCUCUAAGAAGAAACGACACAAGUCAGAAGGGGGCACUAUCAAACCCACGAGAAAGAGGCAGAAAACCAAAAGCUUUGCAAAAUUUGAUACCUUUCCACUGGAAAGUUACAUCUAUUGACGUGACAGCGAAUAAAAAUGGGAAGCGGAGUCGUCAAACCCCUCGACAUCCGCUUGGGUUCCGAUGCCGUAAUGCUCCGUCGUCCCUGGACACCGUUCGGCUGUCUGAUCUGGAAAUCCGACACGGAUUCCGACACAGCCCGCUACGAGAGUCAACCGGCCUGCUCGACCACUUGCCACUCUUAACAGCGCGACUAGACACGGCCAUGAAACGCAGCCCCGGCACUUGGAAAGACUGGAUUCGCUUCAAGCCUGGAAAGACAGACUUCCUUGCGGAAUUGGCCGCGCCCCUGGAGGACAACCUCUUCGAAUACCCGUCAUCAACCCGGCUCUCCAUCGGUGUACUAUACAUAACCAACGACGACCUCCGCGCCCAGAUCAGCGCUCUGCUUGACAUUCGUCAAUAGCGUUGCUAAAUUCGAUAUGAAGAGCGGUAAAAUAGAAUGGGAGCGCGAUUCCACACGUUUCGAAUUCAGUCUCCAGUCACCAGUCUAGAGGAUGAUGCACAGGAAACAGGGGAAAAUGUGGUUAGGGAUGAUGUGGUGGAGCUAAAAUCGAC